UGAGACGAUCGCUUUAACAACAUUUCAAGUUCCUUACCAUCUCAAUCUCUUGCACAGUAUGUCUCGUCAAAUCCCUGAAGAAUCUAGGAAACAAUCUCAACGAUAUCAACGAGAUGAGUCCCUCGAUAUCCUACGAGGUCUUACGACCUUUGCGAUGAUUCUAGUUAAUACUGCCGAUUCAAGAACUCGACCCGGUUGGCUUGCUCAUGCAAGUGGUCUUCAUCAGUCUAUCACCUUUGCCGAUACCAUCUUCCCCUGCUUCCUAUUUACCGCUGGUUUAACCGAAGAAGCUACUGGCGGGCCACCUGGUAUCAAGAAAGGCCUUCGUAGGGCUGCUAUUCUCAGUCUUUACGGUGUAGCUUAUAACAAUGUAGAACUCAGAAAAGCGGUUUAUGGGAUUUCAAGACAUAUCGUAUACCAUCAGGUUUUAGGUCGAUUAGGAAUCGCUACUGCAAUAGGUGCUACAGGUCUUCCUCCUAGCCUUCUUGCAGCCUUAUGGCAUCUUUUAACUUCGAUCCGUCCUUUCGAUCCACCUGGCCAAUCUACACAAGCUUUACUUGAUUGCUUAGUGUUCGGGCGAAAUCAUUUGUACGAUUCGGUUGAUGGGUUCGAUCCUGAAGGUCUUCUUGGUUCACUUCUUAUGGCUCCGGUUUCGCUCAUACUAGGUCGACAAGCAUAUGCUAUCGCUCAUCAUUACAUUCAACCUCGUCUCUCUUUUUCGAUUUUACCAAACUUGGGCUUAUUCAUUUCUCUCACUGGACUUCUUCCUCAAAUUCGAGUCCCAAUUUCAAAAAAUCAUUGGACACCUACUUUUGUUGGACUUACAACGGCUACAAGUUUAGUUUAUUGGGGAACUGCUUCUAUUCUUAGUAGAUUUAGAGCUAGUCAAUUUGUGGCAAAAAUCGGAAGAUGCUCACUUGAAGUCUAUCUUAUUUCUAGUUUCCUUCAUGGUGCAUUAAGUGAAUUAGGUAUCUGGGAAAAGCUUGCAAACCUCAUGAUUAACUCAUUAGGAAUUAGUGAUCAGCUUGCUUAUAUUGCUAAUAGUUCUAUCUUGGGAAUUGGAAUGAUACCUCUUUCUGGUUUACUGUUCAAAAAGGGUUGGAUGAUUCGAGUUUGAAAGAUCAAAUGACCUUUUCAUUUUGCACAUGAUGCAAAAUCCAGGGGUGACUUUUUUGGUAACCUUUUGGCUUUUCGAUUAUCGAUCAAGUACAAUGUUUUCCUUUAUGUAUCAUCGCAUUGAGUAGUAAACAAGAUUUCUCUCGUAUUGAGCCAUAAAGUAGAAUC